AACACGACCGGUCGUCGCCGUCUCUCCAUUCAUUCUGCUGCGUACGACAGAACGGGACGGAGUGCUGGAGGGAGUGAUUCGCAUCGAACCAUCAGACAGAAUUUAUGCCAAAAAAGGAAACGUCGACGGGAGUUGUUUCGGAAAGACUGUUUAGUGCCCAGCAAAAGCCGACUCGGUAUUUUCAGUGCGUUUAUUAGCGAAAAAGUAUACAGUUAGACAAAAGUAGAGUCCGACGCGCUCCGGUGACCGUCUGUUAGCUUGUCCGGUGUGAAUUGAACGUGAUUUUUUGGGUUCUUUUUUUCCUAUCCGGAAGUGAAAAGAGAGUAUUAUUGUUGUAAUAAAAAAAACGGUGAAUAUCUCGUUUAUAACAGUCUCAGAAUUCAUUGGACCAGUUGAGUUGAAGCAGGAGAAAGCCAUGGCCUACUCGAACAAAUUCAUCUACGCUACGCUGCCGCGCACGCAGCGGGGGCAACCGAUCGUCCUCGGAGGGGAUCCCAAGGGCAAGAACUUCCUCUACACCAACGGCCAUUCGGUAAUCAUCCGGAACAUCGAAAAUCCGGAAAUUGCCGACAUCUAUACGGAGCACUCAUGCCAGGUGAACGUCGCGAAGUACUCACCGAGCGGGUUCUACAUCGCUUCCGGCGACCAGUCCGGUAAGAUCCGCAUUUGGGACACGGUCAACAAGGAGCACAUCCUGAAGAAUGAGUUCCAACCCAUCGGAGGUCCGAUCAAGGACAUUAGCUGGUCGCCGGAUAGCCAGAGGAUUGUGAUUGUCGGCGAAGGAAGGGAAAGAUUCGGCCAUGUGUUCAUGGCAGAUACGGGUACCUCUGUUGGUGAGAUUUCAGGCCAAUCGAAACCGAUAAAUUCGUGUGACUUUAGACCUGCUAGACCGUUCCGGAUUGUUACUGGCAGCGAAGACAAUACGAUCGGAGUCUUUGAAGGACCUCCAUUCAAAUUCAAGAUGACCAAACAGGACCACACUAGAUUCGUUCAGGCGGUCCGGUAUUCUCCGAGUGGUCACCUGUUUGCUUCAGCUGGGUUCGAUGGCAAAGUUUUCCUGUACGAUGGAACUACCUCAGAGCUCAAGGGCGAGAUUGGAUCCCCCGCUCAUGGAGGCGGCGUUUAUGGAGUUGCAUGGAAGCCUGAUGGUACUCAGUUGCUUACCUGCUCAGGUGACAAAACUUGUAAAUUGUGGGACGUGGAAAGCCGUACUCUGAUUAGCGAGUUCCCAAUGGGAACAGCUAUUGAUGAUCAACAAGUAUCUUGUUUGUGGCAAGGAGAGCACUUGCUAUCCGUCUCUCUAUCCGGAUUCAUUAACUACCUCGAUGUAAAUAAUCCCACCAAGCCGCUACGUGUGGUCAAGGGCCAUAACAAGCCGAUCACCGCACUUACAUUAAGUGACGAUCGCAGCACGAUUUAUACAGCUAGCCAUGACGGUGCCGUUACCAAUUGGAACUCUGGUUCGGGUACUAAUGACCGAGUCGGUGGUGUCGGCCAUGGAAACCAAAUCAACGAUAUUCGUGCCUCUGGAGAUUUCGUGUUCACGGCCGGUAUCGAUGAUUCGAUCAAGCAGAUCAGCAUUGAGAGUAACCAGUAUACUGGCGUGGAUGCAAAGCUGAGUUGUCAACCAAGAGGUAUGGAUAUCCUGAAGGAGGGUAACAUCACUGUCGUCGGAUGUGUGAAGGAUGUGACCGUACUACAGGACGGUCGGAAGGUGUCCACGAUUCCGAUCAAUUUCGAAUCUAGCAGUGUUGCCAUCAACACGGAAACAUUGGACGUUGCUGUGGGUGGUAACGAUAAUAAAGUGCACGUGUUCAGUCUGAGUGGUACGCAAUUGACUCCUAAGCUGGAAAUCGAACAUCUAGGUCCGGUGACGGAUUGCAAGUACUCUCCGGAUAACAAGCUGCUGGUGGCGUGCGAUGCCAAUCGGAAAGUGAUUCUGUACAGCGUAGAAGAGUAUAAGCCUGCCCACAAACAGGAAUGGGGCUUCCACAACGCCCGCGUCAACUGUGUGGCCUUCUCACCGAAUUCGUUGCUGGUGGCCAGCGGUUCGCUCGACACCACCAUCAUCAUCUGGUACGUCAACAGCCCUGCCAAGCACACUAUUAUCAAGAAUGCCCACCCACAGUCGCAAAUCACCGGUCUGGUUUGGCUCGAUAACGAGACCUUGAUUUCUACAGGACAAGACUGCAACACCAAGGUAUGGAACAUUACGGAAACUAGCGCCUAGGGAUUUGAUAUAGCCAGCCCAGCUGAAGAUCAUUCUGCAGGAUAGUUAACGGAUUGAGUUUUGUUUCGGUGUAGUUUUUGGUUAAGUACAUUUCUUCGUUCGUUUCAUAUUGAAAAUGGCGACCGUAGUUUUGAGAGGCAUGUACCAUCGAACAAUAGUGCAUUUAUAUUGUCCAAGAUGCGAAACACUCUGAACUAAUGCUGCUGUUGAUGUUGAUGAUAAAAGUUGGAGUGAACGAAGACAAAAGAGUGAUAGGCGAAGGUUAUUAUUUAUUUGCAUGCAAUCAUUUAUUAAUCCGUGCUACCAUCAUAAGAAAUAGCCGAAGGAAUCGUUGAGCGAACCUACUCCAGUAAUGCAUUUUUGAGUUGUUUUGAAUAAUCAAAUUCUCGUUUCAAUGUUCUAUUGUUGAGUGAUAUUUGUUUAUUGAAUAAUAAAUUAUUUGUUUUUUAUAUGGUCGAAAAUCUUACAGAGACUAUUAUCCGAUUUUUACUUUUCCUUUACUUAAAAAUUCAAUGAACGUUAUGAGAGCAUAAUGUGAGAGAAUUAUGCAUCAUAAAGAUUAAAUAGUCAAAGGUACAGCACUCUGUUGAAAACUUACGAGACAUUGAAAUAAGUUUUAUCAAAUAUGUUUGUUAACUACCAACAUUGAUUUCUUUUCUCAAUUCACAAAACACUCAUUGAGCCAUUUGACUUCAAACUUCUUCAAUUGUUUCAACUAGUGUUCGGAUGGGGCUUAUAAGCGUAAUUUAUCGGAGAAGGAAUCGACUGAUUUUGAUCGCGUUCCUUGUUUAAGACGCAUUGUGUCGAAACGAUUUAUACAUAUUUAUAAGAUAAAUACAGAAAAUAACGAUACAAAACUAA